AUGCCUGAUUCAGACGACGCUCUCUUAGCAAGACUAAACGCCCUACGGAAAUCUCCAAUCACACUCUCCAAAACAAGCCCACUCGAUCUGCCAUCAACACCACAACGAACCACCGACUCAGACCUGACAGCACGAUUCCGCAGCCUGACGCCUAACAGCGCGAUCGCAUCACCACUCGCAGACACAGAAGACACGCCACACAACGAGGAAGAUGACAGAACAAUCGAGGAACUGUUGCAAGACCUUGGGCCUGAGGAACAGUGGUCUGUGGAUCGUGAUGAGGGCGAAAGGAUUCGAGACUUGAUGGCUGAAGCUAAAAGUGCUUUGCCCGCUGAAGACAUUAAAGAAGAAGGGAACAAGGAUGUAGAUAUUGAGAUUGGAGUUGUUAAGCCAGAGCAUGACGACGAGGAUGAAGAACAGAAAGAGGUGGACGAGGACAAGAGAGAUGAGGAGGAAGCUGAUGACUACGUGCAGCGUGUACUCGCCGAGCUCGCGCUGGAGAAAAAGUACGGCGGUUCUGAAGGAGAGGAAGAAGAAGAACAAGAUGAUGAGAACAAGGAAGACGACGAAGACACUGGACUGUCUCUGCCUUCAGCGCCAACGGAACUGCCAUCAUCGCCUGCUCCCGACCAGGACGCCAAUAUCGAUGAUGCUCUCUCGGCAAGAUUCGCUUCUCUUUCGCUGCCUGGAGUGCCUUCGUUCAAUCCGGCAAAGAAGCCUGUCAAUAUUCAAAAGAGCGUCAAGUCGAACUUGCCCAAGUACACAGAUGAAGACAUGGAAAGCUGGUGUUGCAUCUGCAACGAAGAUGCCACUGUAAAGUGCAUGGGCUGUGACGGAGAUCUCUAUUGCCAGGAGUGCUGGAGAGAAGGUCACGGCAAUGGGCCUGGUCAAGAGAGGGGCCACCGAGCACUUGCUUACGCCAAAGACGCUUCUUGA